AUGUUCGUGCGGAGGUUCCCAAUCUGUGCACCGCUCUCCUUCGCGAGGAGGUACAUUGGGGACCAUAACAAAAUUUUCGACAAGCUCAAAGAAAGAGGGGGGCCCCUAAACGGGGAAACAAGUGAACGCGUGUGCAAGCAGGACAGCGAUGACGACCGAGUGGAAAUAAUUAACAUUGACGAGAGGAUCCUUCGGGAUGGUAACAUCCCCUGCGGGGGGGAAGAAAAUUUGGACGAUCUGCAGAGAGAAGAUGAAUUCUACAAAAACAUGAGGUACUUUAAGAAUGUCGAUGUGAGGAGCUUCCUCCAGGAAACGAUUGACUAUUACACGCGUGAGCAGCUCGGAGGGGAUGCGUGGGCAGCGGGGGGAGACGGAGAAGCAGAAGUGCAGCGAGUGGGCGACGACCAAGUGAAGGACGAGGAAGGGCGAUACGACGCAGAGCGAGCGUGUAGACCCCCCGAGGAGAAACCCAAACGGGAGCAGUCCAAACGGGGGCAACGCGCGGGGGAGAAAAACUACGAGGGGCUAACCCCCGCACAGAGAUUUUACGAAGAGAACAAGGAGAAGCUGAUAGCGGAGAGCAUGAAGCAGUAUAACGCACGGAGGAUGAAACUGGAUGGGGGGAGUACCCCCUCACACCUUGGGGGAAAGGCAACAUUCCAGGGGGAGGAAGCGGAAGAGGACUAUUACCACACCCAGGUGACGGACCCGAUCGUCAGGCAGAGGGAGAACUACCUCUUCGACUACGAAGACGGUGAAGGGGAGGAAGACUGCGACGAAGGCUACAGCCAAACGGACGACAGCGUCGAGCUGGAGAAGGGAGUCAUGCCCACCAUCGAGCAGAUCGUCUUCAUCCUAAAGCAUGAAAAGGUAAAAAACAUUAAAGUAAUUGAUUUGGACAAGUGCGGACGGAGAGACAUCGGCAUGUUCCUAAUCCUCUGCACAGGAGAAACACCCAAACAUAAUAAAAGGGUAGGGAAAUUAAUAAGCAAAAUUUUUAUAGAUUUGGAGAUCCCCUACAUUUCGAGGGUAGCCUACUGCUACUGUAAUAAAUUUGACGACUGGAUCAUAGCCCACUGUGGUCCCCUCAAAGUGCAUGUGGUUACGAAAGAGCUGCGAGAUGUCUACGAUUUGGAGAAUCUCUUCCUCUUUCCCCAUGAGCACUUUGACAGUGGGAACUUCCCCGCCUUCUUCGACUACACGCCCGGCGUCCCGCCCCCCUACAUCGUCCGCAGCAACUCCUCGCUGGACGCCUACCCGAAUGAUGACCUUUACCGGAGGUUCCUGGCGGACACGUGA